CCGCAUGGAAACAGCCUGAGUUACAGUACACAACAAAAGCCCACAUUUCACCCGCGUGUCCGACUCUUCAGGAAGUCGCACCUGAGACGCCAGGACCUUAAUCCGUCUCCAGGAAGACGCGCAGCGAUGCGUAAUUACGCGCAGAAGUAGAGGAAUUUAGAAACCGGUCUGAGUGUUUGUUUCUCCAUUUGCGGAGGAGGCAUCUAUGCUCGACGUCACCUGCGCGGCUCCAGCUUCACCUCCUGACUCCGAGCCCGUCCAGUCCUCUAUGUGCACAGGACAGGAUGGGAUGCUCCACCAGUUCCCAAACUUCAGCCGUGGACACGACCCGGCCCGGCGCGAAACCGGAGGAGACCAACGGAGCCAGCACCACAGGGACGGCCAAUGAAAAUGGAAAUGUAGCUGAAGACAGUGAAACCAUUCCUGACCAGACAGCUGCUGAGGGCAGCGAUGCCAAGCCUGACUCUGGGCCUGCCGGAGCUGCCGACACCGCCCCUGAAAGUCCACCUGCAGGAGGCGAGGCUCAGCCCGCAGCAGAGGCGGCAGCGCCCGAGGAAGCUCCAGCAGCACCCGAGGAAGCUCCAGCAGCACCUGAGGAAGCUCCAGCAGCGGCGGCAUCCACAGAGGCUGCAGCUCCCGCAGAGGCAGCAGCUCCCACGGAGACAGCAGCUCCUGAGGAAGCUCCGGCGGCAGCCGACAGCGCCGCUGAGACGGCAGCAGGCUCCACAGAGGCUGCAGCCCCAGGGCAGGGAAGUGAAGCCACCGGCCCUGAACCAGAGCCCCAAACAGAAGAAGCCCCAGCUCCCAGUGAGUGAAGAUCAGCAUGACCGACUGCACAGGGGUUAGCUGCAAGUGUCUGUAUGCAUGUGUGUGUGCCGGUGUGCAUGUGUGUGUGUAAGAGAGAGAGAGGGAGAAAUUUCGCCUUGUUGCCAAGAAGCAGACUCUGUGAUAACCGCUUUGAUUCGGGGUCUUCAGUCGCCGCUGUGCCUUUCCCGCCCUCUCCAGUGUGUACGGCUGCAAACUGUACACACACAGAACGAUUCAGCACUUAGUGUGUGUGCUACUUUCAGAGGAUUCAAUCAUCAGAGAGAAAUAUAGACCAUCUUAUGCAAUUACUAUUUAUUAUCCUGUAUAGAAGCUUAGAACAUAUCUUUAAUCUGAAUAAUUUUCUACAAAACCAAAGCCAAAAAAACCUAUAUACAUAUAUAUGUGAUUUAUGAAAUCUUUUUUUCUUUUUUGGGGUGGCUGGGCAUGAUUUUAUGAUUGUCUUUGUUACAUUGAGGGGCUUUUCAGUGCUACCACUUCGGUUUAGAGCAUGCAUGUGGCGAGAGCUUUGACUUGUUUCUGAUGAGUCAUGUAAUUUCUGUCUGGGAAGAAAACCUGCAAUUUGUAAUAAGCUAAAAGCUGUGAAAAAUAUUAAAAAGGCUACCUUAAAC